AUGGUGCGAGCGACGGAUCUCAAAUUCGCUGAUCACGCUGUUGAAGGUGUUCCUCCUACUAACAAAGCACAAGGAGUAAAAAUGGUUUUAGAGCCUCCGAUGAACAGUGCACAAAGAAGAAAACUGGGAGAUAUCACAAACUUGCAGAAUCAGAACAUACUAAUGAACCAGGAAGCGUAUCAGCAGCUACAAUCAUUCGCUGAAAAACUUCAAAAGGAAAACAUGAGACUGAUGAAAAUCCUCAAGGAGAGAAAUGAAAUCAUCGAGCGGAGUGGAAUUGAGCUGCAGAAGUAUAGGAUCAACAUGCAGAAGGUUCAAGAACAGAAUUUGCAGCUUGCUCAGACCAACACUCGUAUCUUGGCGGAGAACAAUACAACCAAAGACCAACUGAAGGCACUUCAACACGAACUUGGUUGCAAGAAUGGGUUACUCAUGGCCAGGAAAUUGCUGCUUGAGGCGCAAGACCCUCCAUGCACAUGCCGCCACACAUCAGAGGACAAGGAUUAUGGAAACACUUCCGGUGUUGCUUGCGAAUCAUUUCCUCCAAAUGGCAAGGAUCUUAAGACUGCUUCAGAGAGUUCCAACGUUAGCUCAUUGCAAGUUAAUGAAAAAGCCAACAAUAAAAGGAGAGUUUCUGGAAGGACGAAUCCCCCCGGAUCCAAAGUAUUAGAUAUUAUUGGCGGAAUUGGAGAAAUAAUAGAGACAGCCAACAAGAGGAGGGUUUCUUUGAGAAGGCAGUCUGCGAAGUUUAACAUCCAAGAGCUGGGCGUGACUGAAAACUUAAAUGAUGACCAAGAGAUUGCUGCAAACGCCAGAUGCUCUGCGAGUGAUCAGUCUAAACCUGAAGCAGUAGAACCACAGGGCACGAAAGAGAUAACCGGGAAAACCAGAGCCUCCUCAAGAAAUCGAACUGCAGAGGUUGAAACUCAGGGAGCCAUCAAAGAAUCGGAAGAUCAUCCUUUGCACGAUGACAUUGUGGAGGAGUCUAGUCAGAUAUCAGCUUCUGUUUCAAUGGAGCUUGAAGGAGAACCAAAGAACAAAUCAAGAGGCGAUGAAGCAGAGGUGGUGAGAAGAACAUCUGUUGGAAGACCUUCGAGGAAAGCUGCUGAAAAAAUCAAGUCAUACAAGGAACCCUCACUUAAGGAGAAGAUGAGAGGAUGA